AUGGCUAUGGUCAAGUACUGGGGUGACGAGAAGCAUGCGGAUGCAAUUUAUGCUGUGUAUCUUAAGAAAGUCCGAUAUGUGCCUCCUGCGGGCUAUGAUGGAGUCCCACGAUACCGUGCCAUUGAUCCGGACCGUCCACAACUUCAUUGUCCUUGUUCUGGAUCUGAUCACCUUCAGUGGGAAAGUGUGAAGGAACGCGAAUCUCUCGUUGCUUCCGAUGGCACUGUGGACUCGAGACAUUUUAAUGUUUUCUUCGCGACGUAUCGGGCAUUCACUGAACCUACGGACGUGCUUGAUCGGUUGCUACGUCGAUACGAAUCGCUUGAAAAGGAUGUUAAUACUAACACGUCUGCUCUUGUCAUUCAAAAUUCUAUUCGCUCAAUAUUGGUUUGUUGGUUGGAUAUGUAUUCGGAAGAUUUCUAUGAUCCAUCGUGCAAUUUCGCAAUGUUAACUAAUUUACUGGAUUUCGGGCAGCGUUGUAAACUGUCUGAUUUGCGUGCCAAAUCCAGGAAACUACUAGAGCGCUUCAAGCACAUUCAGGAGGAAGGCGGAAUGAUAGCUUCUCUUCCAUCCCUGGACCAGUUAGCUUACGCAUUUGGGUACGAUGCAGUGGAAUAUUCUAAAAAUCCACGAGAAAGAGUAAAGAUGUUUGAUGUAGGUAGCGAAAACUGUGUUCAAAUUGCGGAGCAGCUGACAUUCUGGGAUGCGGAACUCUUCCGCGAGCUCAUAAUUCAUCAGUGUCAAGGAUGCGUCUGGUCGAAAAGACAUCGCUUAGGUAAUGACAAAGUCUACACAGUGAAAGCGACAAUUGAUCAGUUCAAUGCCGUCUCUCAAAGAGUGAUGACAAGUAUAGUACUCCCCGAUUGUCGACCUGAUUUUCGAGCCAAGAUCAUUGCCAAGUGGAUCGACAUUGCAAGGGAGCUUCGAGCGUUAAAAAAUUUCUCAUCGUUGAAAGCAGUUCUUUCCAGUCUUCAGUCGGAGCCUGUCCAUCGACUGAAGUCGUCCUGGGCUCUUGUACCUAGUCGAUAUCUGGCACAAUUUCGAGACUUGUCGUCAAUUUAUGACAUGGACGAGGUGGGAGAUGAACGAAACGCACGUCGUAUUCUUGAACAGGAGGGGACUGCCAAAAGCUCACCUCUGAGACGCCCACAGUUGGUUCAGAAUUGUCGACGUACAAAGAGUGAUGUGAAUCUCGCUGAAUGUCAAGGCACUGUGCCAUACUUGGAAGGACUGAUCAAUUUCGAGAAGCGACGGAAGGAAUUUGAAGUGCUAGCCAAACUGCGGCUUUUCCAGUCUGCUGCUCGUGCAUAUCAUAUUCCAAUGGAUCGUGUUUUUUGUGCGUGGUUCCACUUCCUCCCCUGCUUAUCUGAGAAAGACUUUAGUCGGUCGCUGGAAGUUGAGCUACCACCUUUGGUAUCAACACCUGAUUUGGGCUCGCAUCAUAACACUUCAUUAUCAAACGGAAACUUGAGUGCAGCCUCAAAAAGCAGCACGCUCUCUCGCCUCUUCAAUACAUCUCGUCUGGGUGACGAAACUGGACUGAGCUCUGUACAACCAGGCACACUUUCACAUUCUACCUAUGUCGACCAUGUGCUCGAAACCGGCAUACUGGCAAUCGAUGCUGGUGCAUCGAAAGAAAAUACUAACCUUGAGGAAUGGAUCGACGGUAGAGUGGACGGUGGACCUCCUGGACCGGCGUCAACAUGUUCUUCUUCAUCAUAUCAGUCUUCUGGAGCACAAGAAGAUACCAGUUCAUUUCAUCUCGCUCGUGUUGGACUCGAUGAUGAUGAUCAGGCUAGCAAUGGUUGUGCAAAUUACAAGUGCAUCAAGGUGAAAAAUGGUGACCGAAUGAGCGAAUUAGUCUCGAGGGCGCUCGAAAAACAUUUGCUGGACCAUCAGGAGGGUGAAUACUGUCUUGUGCAGUUGUUACCAAACGGAGACUGUGAUUUCGUUAAUUUGAAAAAAAGAGUUCAAAAAUGUACCUAUCACAUUGACACUUCAGAUGAAUUUCAACUUCCCGACAAAUGUAAUCCUUACUAUGCGAUGGCUCCCGAUCCUUCAUCUACGAUGCUGAAUCUCUUAUUACGGUGUGUUCUGCUGUUUUUCGCCAUAACUGAUUUGAAUGUUUCUAGAAAGCGCAAGGAUGCCUUUAAAGGUGACAGUAUUUCGCCACAUGUCGGAUCAUCAACGAAAAAGCUGAACAAAAUGAAAAGGUCAAAUCUCUUGCGAUGGAGCAGCGGUUAUUUGUAA